UCUUUGUUGUGUUUGUUUCCUGCUUACAAAGUCUCCACCAACGCACAAGAGAGGCGCACGCACCACGCUCUCGCUCUCACUCUCAGCUCCUCCUCCUCCUCCGUCCAAUCGCCGCCACUAACCGCCAUCGUCGUCCGCCGCCACCGCCUCUGCUUCCAUUCCACGUCUCAGGUUUUAAAUGUUGGUCACAGUUGCGUUGUGGUUUCGUCGCAUUUGUUGAUAUUGCAGAAAAUCACAGACAAAUGCGGCCGAUGCGGUCAUCUUGCGGUCGUGGAUAGUUAGAAAAACCUUGAUAUAGCGGCCCAAAUCACAGUUGCGGACUGUUUUUAAAACCUUGGUCCCUUUGUAUUUCCGGAAGUGUUUCAGACAACAUAAGCUGGCUUAUUCUUUCUAGUUGGUGUUUGGAAGAAGAUACUGUAAAUAUUGUGUUGUAAGAGAGUUAAUGGAGCUGAAAGUUUCAUCUCCAAAACCUGAGUCUGUUGCGCCGUCUGAUUGCGCCAGUGAUCCUGAGGAAAAGGAAGUGAGUGAUGAUGAUGAUGAUGAUCGGAAUCACAAGCAUCGAAGGAGGGAAGCUCGUUCUCAAUCUUUGGAGAGAGAUGUUUCAGAUCCUGUUAUUAGUAGGCCAUUCAAAAAGCGUAACAAAAAUUUUGGGAAUAGGCAUCCAUUCAGGGAAAAUGAAUCUCAAGCCUUUGAAACGCUGAAAACUUACAGUGAUGCCACCACAGAUAAAGAAUUUUACUUCAAGUUUGAUAGAAGACGCCCUGGCUUGGCUUCAGCUCCUCGAGCACCUCUGGAUAUGAGUCAAAGACUACGUGCAAACCAAUCUUUUACUGGAGAUCCUGGUAUUGGCAGGGGAAGAGGCAGGGAAUCUGGUUUUUGGAAUCAACGUGAGUCUAGGUUUGGUUCAAUGGAUGUUGCUUCACAAGUGGUUCCGCAGGGGUCCAUUCCUCCAAGCCUUUAUGCUGGACGUGGGUUACUCAAUGUUUCAAAUGCACAAAAUGCAUCAUGGAAUACAUUUGGUUUAAUACCAGCGGUGCCCAAUGGUGGCCUAGAUAUGCUUCAUCCGAUGGGUUUACAAGGAACGCUCAGACCACCUAUUAAUUCAUCUUUGAAUGUGAAUAUUCCUCGCCAACGAUGUAGGGAUUUUGAGGAACGUGGGUUUUGCCUUAGAGGGGACAUGUGUCCUAUGGAGCACGGUGUUAAUCGGAUUGUUAUUGAAGAUGUUCAGAGUCUUUCACAGUUCAACCUUCCUGUUUCACUUCCAAGUGCACACCUAAUCGGAGCUCCUGCUGGAUCUGGACCUUUACAUUCAGUAAAUGCUUCGACCACUUUGAUGAACAACAAAUGUUUACCUGGAAAAAUUUCCAAGUCUGUAGUCAAUGAUGAUGGUUUGCCAUUGGAUGGUGUAUAUACCGGUCCUGGUUGCACAAGUGGAGCUGAUCUUUAUGAUCCUGAUCAACCGCUUUGGAAUGAUUGUGGUCUGGAGUCUUCAAAUGCACUCCUAACUCUUCAGUCAUCCAAGAUUGAUGAAUCCGAGCCCAUAUCUAAUGAUGCUCCCGAUAGUGAUUGCCCAGUUGGAACUGCCAGAACUUCUGUCAGUUCACAGGGUACUAGUUCAUCUGUCUGGGCCAGAAUUGGUAGUUCAAAAAACAGAUUUGACAUGAAAGAAAAAACUAACUCUACAAUGAGUUCCUUUAAUUAUCCAGAGAAUCAAUUGAAGGAAGAUAACGAUGAAUUAGUCAGUGCUCACAAUGCUUCCUUUCAAGUAAAGCAAAGCAUAGCCGAUGAUGCUGACCCAAAAGCCUUGGAAGCCUCUUUGAAAGCACAAACUGAUAGUAUGCGUAAUAUACGCAAGUCAUCACAAAAGGCAUUGUGUACUCUAUUUGUAAAUGGGAUACCUCAGAAAAAUAACAAGAGAGAGGCUCUUCUUGCUCAUUUUAAGAAGUUUGGUGAAGUUAUUGACAUUUAUAUUCCAUUGAACAGUGAACGGGCUUUUGUGCAAUUCUCCAAGAGAGAAGAGGCUGAAGCUGCUUUGAAGGCACCAGAUGCUGUAAUGGGUAAUCGUUUUAUCAAGCUAUGGUGGGCUAAUCGUGAUAGCAUUCGCAAAGAUAGUACUACUAGUGGGAAUGGUGUGAUUGUAACUCCCCGUGGGCAAGCACCUGCUUUUGUUCCAUCUCAUCCUGUUGUCACUGAUAGGGGUAAAGACAUCCAUCAAGCUGAUGCUUCAAAGACUAUGUAUGAAGUAUCAUCGCCUACUGAUCAAUCUAAGCCUGUCAUCACAGAUGGACCCAAGGUUCCACCUCCUUUGCAGAAGAAGCUUGUAAACUUAGAGAAUCUAAAGGAAGAACUGCGCAAGAAGCAGGAAAUGCUAGAUCAAAAGCGCAAUGAGUUCAAGCGCCAGUUGAACAAAUUUGAGAAACAAGCUUCUGGACUCAAGGGUGAAGUAUCUACUGAGCAAGCCGCCAAGAGGCUCAAAAUGUGUGUGCCAUCUGAUGUUGCCAAACUGGCUUCCCCUCAAUCAUCGGAUGCUGAUGUUGGCAUGGCAUCUCCACACACAGAGGCAGCAGCUGAUAAGAAUAAACAGCUGGUCAAUCCUGUAUCCCGAAGUCCUAAAGCAAGUACAGCAACAAGACUGCAAGAAUCUACAGGCUUGAAGCAUCCAAUUCAACCACUAAUGCCUGUAAAUAGAUACAAAUUGGACAAUCGUCCUGCUGCAUUUUGUAUCAUUCCACCUUUGCCAUCUGGUCUAGCAAAUGUUGCUGUUUUGAAGGAGCACUUCUCACCAUACGGUGAACUUUCUGCCGUAGAGCUAGAAGACGUGCAAGUCAAUGAUAGUAGCCAACAAGAGGCUCAUAUAACUUUCACCACUCGUUGGGCAGCUGAGAGAGCAUUUAUUAAUGGCAAAUGCUGGAAUGACCACAAUCUAAAGUUCAUGUGGCUGACACCUACUAGUUCUAGUUCUAUUUCCAGUAAUGCUACUGCUAGCAGAGAACGUUCUCUAUCAGCUCCCAAGGAGCCCCUAGAUUCAGAUGACCAUUCUGAAGAAAAUUUAGAAAACUGUGUGAACCAAGAAGCAGUGGUAUCAGAUGAUGAGCAUAAAAAUUCAGAAACUAGAAAUGGUUUGGAGCUUACGGAAAUGGAACCAAGUGAAGAUCCCCAGUGUACCACAAGGCAAGUUUCUUCUCCCAAACAAUCACCGGAGGCCGAGGGCAAUGCCUGUUGAGGAUCUACUAAUGGUCAGAUUUGUACAGCAAGGUAAAAUUAAAUCUAUCAAACUCUAAUUUUCAGGGGGCAUUUUUUUUUUUCUAUUUCGGAAAAUUUAUUAUUCCAUGUUCCUUUUUAAAUGCUCGAGACUUGUAAAUUUCUUUCUUUCUUGCUGCCCUGUAUUUGGCGGUAUUAGUUGAAUGGUGCAUCAUGUUGUUUCUCAGCUUGGGUAGUUUACUUCUAGGAUAAAAGUUUUGAGGUUCAAAAUUCUGUUUAAAAGCCAUUGAACGGUUACAUAACAAAUAUUCAGAAACCCAUUUCCCUUUAUGUCUGUAGUUACAGUAAAAAUAUAAUUGGAGCGGUUAGUCACUUAGUUUGAGAUGACUAUCCUUUAAAUGUUUUCAUUUCUA